AUGAAAGCGUUAGUUGUUCUCAGUUGUCAUCUCCUCCUCCUCCUCCUCCUCGUUCUCGCACUCUGCGCUUGUCCCACCUUCAGCACUGUUUUACUGAAUGCCAAGACUGAGCCGGAAAAGCAGAUGGACACAUUGGACGAGACCGAAUAUUGGGAGGGAGAAGAUGUGGAUGAGGUGGAGACAAGUCACGAAGGCGGCGAAGUUAAAGGUGUCCUCAUAUCAGCCAAACCUCGUCGUCUACGAAGGAGGUACAAGUGUUCCUUCAACUUUGACACCUGGUCGAUUGAGUGCAAACCUCGCUCAUGA